AUGGAGAACGGCUCUCCCUCCCGUCGGUCGUGGGCUGACGAGGCCGACGGGGAGCUUCCAUCGCCGCGGUCCCUUGGUGCGGGGUCGCCAGGUGCGUUCGUAGGGAGCCCAUCCGCUUCCGUCCUUGGUUCUGACCUUGGGGAGCAUGUGUCACUCACCGACUCGGAGAGCUAUUCCGACUCCGAGCCCCCCUCGCCGCCGCCGCCGGGGAAGGGCAAGGCGGUUGCAGAGUCCAAGGGCCUACGCUGGCGUGCGCGUCGCCGACGACAUCGUCCGCGGGCUGUGGAGGGAUUCCUGGCUGCUGCGCGGCGUUCCCACCCACAGCCCGUCCCGGCUACCUACUCGCCGCGUCGUCGUACCUCCCCGGCCGCGCACCCUGCCCGCACCCUCGCCGGGCCGGAUGCGGACGGGUUCUUUGAGGUUCAUAGUCGUCGUCGCUGGCGUCGUCGUUUGCCACCGAAGCUGUCGCGGCCAGUCCCCCCGGCUCUGCAUGGCCUCUGCUUCAAUUGUUUGGCCAACGACCAUGUGAAGGCGGUUUGCGUCUACCCGGCGAGAUGCUUCAAUUGUCGUCGCGAGGGCCACCGCUCCUUCGACUGCCCGCUCCCUCCGGGGCUCGGCAAGCGGCGUCGCUCGCCGCCGCGAGCUGGGGAUGGUCGUCCACGACCAGCUGGUCGCCGGCGUGCCGCUUCGGAUGAUACGGCCACCGCACGGUCAGUUUCCACAGGACGCUCGACGUCAGUCCCAAGGUGCUGUGCUCCCCCGACCCCGCCACCUCUGGAUACGGCGGACUCUCCGUUGGCUACGCAUGCGACGUCUGCUGGGGGGGCUCCGGAGGACCGCCCGAUGCGCCCGCGCCGCUCUGGGUUCGUCGUCGUUCCUCGCUCCGCGAGGUUGAUGUCAGCCGAGGAUGCGCUCAGCCUUGCUCUGGUCGCCACCGUGUGUGGCACUAGGCCCGCGGUGUCACCCGCCAUGGUCAGCAGCUACCUCUUUGAGCGGUUUGGGUUGACUGUGGACGACUCGGCGGUCAGCCGGCAUGAUCCGGAAGAUUUUGUGGUGCGCUUCGGACAUCGCGGAGACAGGGACUGGGUUCUUGCCGCCCCGGCGAUGGGAGCUCGGCUUCCUCUGUUCAUCCUGGACGAGAAGAUCAUCUUCGUUCCGGAACCGCGCAUUCCUAAUCCCGUGGAAGGCGCGCUUGUGGAGCUGCCCGGCUUGCGCUACUUGGUGAGGAUCAGGCUGGUCGCUUUCAAGGACUGGAACCUGCCAUCGCCGUACCUGGCCGCUGCUGAUCCGGGUCUCGGUGAUGAUGAUGACGGCUCGCCGGAUAGCAACAUCAACAGGUAUCACCCGGGCUUCGAUGAUGGCCCGCCACGAAGGUCCCCUACAGAUUUCGGCGAUCCAACUGAUGACGAUGAUGGCUCCAGCGACAGUAACUGCAAUCGUUUUCACCCGGGCUUGGACUGCUGCCGUGGCGUCACUGGUCGGUGGGCCCACAGGAGCCUCUCUGAGGUCGUUGGUGGUGGGCUCGGUACCCUGCCCACUGUGGGGUGGCUGCCUCAUGGGUGCUGGGCCCGGGAGCUAUGGACGUGGCGCGUGUCUCGGGUGGGCUCACGCCGCGGGAUCCUGGACGUCCCAUCGGGGCGUGACACUGCCCCAACUGUCAACGCCGAAAGCUGCGAGGCAGCUUUUUCAAACCGGUGCCAGCCGCGCGCUGCACAGGACUUCGCUACCCCGAUGACUGAGGAUGGGUUGGGGGCCCUGCCAAUCCGUGUGGACCCGAUGGAGUGGGAGGCGGAGUUGGGGACCCCUUGCCAGGCGAACCACCGUUGCCUCGACCUGCGCUCUCCUGAUCUGGACCCGCACCGCUCGGCACAGGGGAGCACCCCGCGUGCUAUGAAAACCUGCAUCGAUGCUAGUCCACGCCUGAGGGGGGAAAGGGUCCUUCUGUGGCCCAUCCGGGACCUUGGGCCGGUGUUCUGCAGUCAGGAUACCGGGACGAAGGUGCGGAACCGACGAUUCGGGAGCCCAUGA